AUGCAAAUGGAGAGAUUGAGAGCACCUGCUGGCAGUAGUUCUCCAUACUUCAAAGUUAAUCCCCACCUCUACAUCUCCUCAGACCUUGUAGUGGAGCCCCGAUAUGGAGAUCUGAUUCGAAUGCUCCGCUCCACUAGAGCUACAGUGGAGUAUGUGAAACCGGAGAUUCAUAUUUGCCACUUGGACUACCGAGCUCUCCAUGCCCUCGUCCCGAAGGCUGAAUCGAGUGGAUUCAAGGUGGUGAGAUGCAUUCAGAAAGAUUUUGGAGAUAAUACACUGGUUCUCAAAUGA